AUGUUCAAAGGAUCGGGAAUCAAGAUCAUUAUCAGGCUAGGAAACGAAUUCCUGAGAGAUAUAAGCACAAGCCAAGAUCGAGCCGUGGAUUGGUUGAAAAUCAACGUCGAACCCUUCAUCCCCGGGACACGUAUCCGUGGAAUUACAGUCGAAAAUGAGGUUCGAGGCGGCGGCGAUCAGGAACUCUGGGAAGUCCUGCUACCGACGGUGAAAAACAUCCACACUGCUCUCGACCUCCUCCACCUAGCCGACGAUGUUGAGGCUUCAAGCCCACAUUCCACCGGUGUGUUCGCUAGUUCAUUCCAUCCGUCAGUCGGCGCGUUAAAGGAAACCUUAGUUCCCUACAUGAAACCUCUCCUCGAAUUCUUCUCCCAAAUCAAGUCCCCUUUCUACAUAAACACGUAUCCAUUUCUCGCAUAUAUCAGUGAUCCCGAACACACCGAUAUCAAUUACGCAGUCUUCAAAAAGAACGCAGGAAUAAAAGACGCGAAAACGAAAUUACAUUAUGAUAACAUGUUCGAAGCAAAAAUCGAUGCAACUUACGCUGCUUUGGAAAAAGCUGGAUUUGAGAAGAUGGAGGUUAUAGUAUUGGAAACCGGAUGGGCUUCAAAAGGUGAUGCGAAUGAAGCCGGAGCUACGUUGAGUAAUGCGAGAACAUAUAAUCUCAACUUACGUAAAAGACUACUGAAGAAGAAAGAUACACCUUACAGACCAAAAAUGGUGGUGAAGGCGUACAUUUUCGCCAUGUUUAACGAAAACCUACAACCCGGACCGACCUCCGAGAGAAACUUCGGGCUUUUCAAAGCCGAUGGAAGCAUUUCUUACAAUAUCGGAUUCACAAGACUUGUACCUUCUUCUGCAACAUCUCUUUUCUCCUUCAAGAUAAUUGAAUAUACUGGUGAAAUUGAUAGACCUCCUAUAGCUGACAGAAUAGAACACUUGAUAUACAACUCAUUGGUGGGUCCAGGAAGCAUAAGGCUCAUGGGUUUGAAAGAGCCUUCUUCUGGUAAUGACAAAUUUACCCUUGGUCUUACCAUGUUUGGAGUUACAAAUCCAUGUGUAAAUGUUGUGAAAGAAAGAUUGAAUAAGGAAGGUUAUGAGACUCUGUUUUUUCAUGCAACUAGAGUUGGAGGGAGAGCUAUGGAGGAUUUGGGUGUUUUAGACAUUACAACAACAGAAGUUGCAAAUCACAUAGUUGGAUGUGUUUUGGCUUGUGAGGAAUCAAGAUUUGAUGCAAUAAUCGAAAAGAAAAUUCCUUUUGUUUUAAGUGUGGGAGCUUUAGAUAUGGUGAACUUUGGUCCUAAGAACACCAUACCUACAAAUUUUCAACAAAGGAAAAUAUAUGAGCACAAUAAACAGGUGUUAUUGAUGCGAACCACAGUGGAGGAAAACAAGAAAUUUGCUGCUUUUAUUGCACAAAAGUUGAACAAAUCAUCUUCAAACAUGCUAAUGCUUCAAGCCCUUACUUUCCAUCCACGCCCGGUGGAAAACCGCCCAUCACACCAAGUUCAACAUUUUUUACCUAGUGUACCAGGUGGAAAACCAAUGACACAAAGGAUUUUUACAUGA